GCCAGCUCCAUCCAUCCUAGCACACCACACCACACCACACCACAAAAGUAGUUGUAACACAGAAGCAACCAGGCAAACCCACAUUUAGGAGAGUAUGGCGGAGUUUGCCCUUGGGCUAACCAAGACGGCGGUGGAGGGGGCAGUCAGCAGAGUCAAGUCGGCAAUCGAGGAGGAGGCGAAGCUCAAGGUGCGCGUCCAGAAUGACCUGGUGUUCAUCACCGGUGAAUUCCAGAUGAUGCGGUCCUUCCUUAACGCCGCCAACUCGGAGCGCAACAAGAAUGAAGUCGUGAGGACAUGGGUGAGGCAGGUCCGCGACCUUGCCUUCGACGUGGAGGACUGUGUUGAGCUCGUGGUCAGCCUCGAUAACAAGUCCACCUGGUGGUGGCGCCUUGUGCCGUCCUGCAUCUGGACGGCUCCGCCGUUGCCAUUGGAUGUGGCAGUCACCGAAAUACAACAACUCAAGACCAGGGUGGAGGAUGUAAGCCAGAGGAACACCCGCUACAACCUCAUCAACCACUCCGACUCCAGCUCCAAUUCUGCAGCUACUAUUGUCUCCUCUCCAACGGAGGCGCUUAUGCCAGACAGUGCCUACCUCGGUGUAUCAUCAGCGUUCCACAUCCUAUGUGAUGUGUGGGAGGCCGCUGGGAAGAAGCGAGGUGGCACCGGUGAGCUCAAGGAGAUUAUCAACCGUGAAGGUAGCGAUCUUCAAGUCAUUUCACUAUGGGGAAGUACACCAUCUGCUCACUUGGGGGCAACUCACGUUAUCAAGGAGGCGUACAAUGACCCACAAAUCCAGCAAGAGUUCAAUGUCCGUGCGUGGGUAAAGAUCAAGUGUCCUUUUGACCCCGAAGAUUUCCUCAAGAGCCUGCUCACUCAGUUCUACGCCACCUCCUCCCACCAACCAAACCACAACAUCAACAAGUCAACAACACCACAAGAGCUCGAAUGGUGUGCAGAGAUGGUGGCACAAGCACGGAGCGACAAUCGGAGCUGGAUCGCACGGGCUACCAACCUAGUCCGCUCUAUGGCAUCCUCCACUUCUGACAUCAAAGCCAAGUUUACAGAUCGUAGGUAUCUCGUCAUCCUGGAAGAUGUACGCACUGUAGCAGAGUGGGAUGUCAUCAAGAUGUAUCUACCGUACACUAACAAGGGCAGCCGGAUUCUCGUGUUGACGGAACACCUGGGGCUUGCGCUUGGGCUUGCGCUUUCCUGCACAGGGAAGCCGUACCAAGUAUCAGAGCUUAGACAAUUCUCUCAUGGUCAAUCACUUUGUGCUUUUUUCAAUAAGGUUCCUGGGCGUCGUGGUGAUAUGAGUGAAAUUAGUUGGCAGUUAAGAUGUGGUGGUGUUAUCUGUGUGUGGGGAACUCGACAUAAAAAAUCAACUCUUGUUGAUGACGUGUACUCCAGCAUAACAAAUAAGUCGAAAGGCUUUGAUGUUGAUGGAGUAGAAUUUAAAAUACAAAGCUGGGUCGAUGUACCCAAACCGUUCAAUUUGGAGUGCUUCUCCAGACGCCUUCUUUUGAGUUUCUACUCUGAUGACUUUGGAGCCAAGGAAAUUUCGGUAGUGGAUAGGAUGGGAGACCAAGGUGUAACUCAACAGUGUCGCAGGUUUCUGCAUGAAGACAAAUGUCUUACCAUUAUUAAUGGUCUGGAGUCGGCGGGUGACUGGGACCAAAUAAAAUCUAUAGUUUUACCCCAGAAUAUUAGAGGAUGUAUCCUUGUCGCUGCAAAAGAUGAGUCUAUUGCCAGAUAUUGUGCUGACAAGCAAGAUCGUGCAAUCAACAUUAAAGAUUUGGAAGCCGACAUGAUUCUUUGUCACUCGGUAAAGAGUUGUCAACACUAUGCAAUUGGAGGCAAAGAGGCUUCUUACAGGGGUCAACUUUUCUCCAACAGAACAGAAGAGGCUGGCAUAUGGAUGAAUAAAUUUGGCCAUGUUGUGCGUUCGGAUUGUCUGGUUUGGGACGUUAAAUCAGCUUUGGAAUGCCCUGGAUUGAUCUCUUUAUGGGGGGCUGCUGGUGCUGGGAAAAUUCCUCUCGUUAGAUGUAUUUACUACAUCCAAAUGCUGACUAUGAACCAUGGACCUGGUUACAUAAUCGGUGGUGAAAAUCGUGGAAGAAUUUUCCUGAAAUAUACAAAGUUCAGCUGGGUCAAUGUGUCAUAUCCCUUUCAUUUGAAGGAAUUCUCUUGGAGAUUACUUUUGGAUUUUCAUUCUGAUGAUCUUGACGCCAAGGAAAAGGCCGCAUUUGGUAUGAUGAAAGGGGAUGACCCAACUCAAGGGUGUCGUGAAUUCAUGAAUCGACAUAGAUGCUUAGUUAUUAUUAAUGGUUUGUGCUCCACACAUGACUGGAACUUGAUAAGAGACACUCUGUUGCCAUUAGAGAAUAAUAAAAGUGCCAUCGUUAUUAUUACAAAUGAAGAAAGUGUCGCCACACAUUGUGCAUAUCACAGAGCUCAAGUGUUCAACAUUAAAGGUGCAGAAGCUGUAGAUGCACUCCGUCCAUUGAGAAAGGGUUGUGGAUACUCUGGAAAUGAACGCGAUGCAUCUUGCUUUUUUUCCAGUCGGAGGAAAGAGGCAGCUCACUGGAACAGCACAUUUGAACUUGUUGGCCGUCAAGAUAAAGCGGCUGGUGAGCUUAUGGAUCAUUUAUCGACUCAUGUUGGUUUGAUAUCUGUAUGGGGAAUUGCCGGUGUUGGGAAAUCAGUUAUUGUGAGAAGCGUCUACUAUAAAAUAUUGCUGGGUAUAGAACAAAUUGGUUUGGGUGGCGUGGGGCGUAGGGUUGAUAGUGAAAGCUUUACAUCUUUCAGCUGGGUUGACGUGCCAAAUCCAUUCAAUUUGACGGAAUUCUGUUGGCACUUACUUUUGGAUUUUCAUUCUGAUGACCUUGAAGCGAAGGAAACUGUGACAGUUGGCUUGAUUGAUGGCACUCUAGAUCCAAUUAUGCAAUGUCGCAAGUUUCUACGUAAGAAGUGCUUCGUUAUUAUUGAUGGUCUACUCUCUACACAUGUGUGGGACUUGAUAAGAGAUGCCCUGUUGCCUGCGACCAUUGAAGGCAUCAUUAUUGUCAUUGCGCAUGAAGAAAACAUCGCCACACAUUGUGUAGAACAUGCAUACCGGGUGGUUAACGCCAAGGGUCUAGAGGCUGGAGCAGCACUUUAUCUCUUUAGAAAGGUAGCUUUUGGCGGAAAGUCGUUGACUCCAAAGGAGACUAAAAUUUCAAAACUUACCAUGGCCAAGUGUGGAAGACUCCCCAAAUUAAUAGUUGCUAUAGGUGAACGAUGCCGCGCAUCCAAGGGGCACAAACGUAUACCUUUGUUGAAGAACUUAAACAAUCACUUCAUGGACAGACUGGAGACGGACUCAAGAUACCUAAGUUUAAGGGGUCUAUUUAGUUGGAUGCAGGCUUACUUUGAUGCUCUCUCAGAUGCACUCAAACCAUGUGUCUUCUAUCUCUCAGUCUUCUCUGCAGACUACAAUAUUAGGCGAAAAAGAUUGCUGAGGCGGUGGAUCGCUGAGGGCUACUCUAGGGAAAAUAUUGGAAUUAGCACGAAGGAGGACGGGGAAAUAUUGUUCUCCGAGCUGGUCAAUCUGAGCAUAAUCCAAGAACCACCAAGCAAGCCACCCAGGUGCUCGAGACGAAGCGUUUAUGCAUCAAAGGGCAAGGUUGAUGGCUUGUGCCAAGUCAACGGUUUCUUUCAUGGAUACAUCAUCUCACGACCAAUGGAAGAUAACCUUGUGUUUGAACUGGAGGGUUAUUCUAGUGCCAAUUUCAAACAAGUAGGACAACACCUCGCCAUAAGGAGCAGUUGGGACAGAGAUGAGAUUGUAUUUAAGAGCAUGGACUUGUCACGACUAAGGUCAUUGACAGUGUUUGGGGAGUGGAGAUCCUUUUUCAUUUCCAUAGAUAUAAACAUGAGGCUGCUUAGGGUGCUGGAUCUAGAAGACACAUUAGAUGUAAUAGAUGGUGACCUCGAGAAAAUAGGGAAGCUACUACCUCGUCUAAAGUUUCUGUCACUACGAGGAUGCAAAGAGAUUACCCGUCUCCCAGAUUCAUUGGGUAGAUUGAGGCAGUUACAGACUCUAGAUGUCAGAAACACCUGUAUUGUUAAGUUGCCACCGGCUAUCAUCAAGCUUCAUAAGCUACAAUACAUUCGUGCUGGCAGACUAGACGUCGCUCAUGAACCAAUGGAUAACCCAGGCGUACCAGCAGAAGAAGAGGACGAUUCUAUAUCAACAUCAUCAGAUGAGUAUUAUAUGUCAUCAUCAGAAGCAUAAAAUUUUAAUCACCUCUAUCUCGAGAUCGAGCACACGGUGGAGAUGAUGAUGUAGGGAGAUCAAAAGUGCACAAAGCUCUUCUUGACAAAGAUAGAUCUAGUUAGGGGGCAAAUAGGUCACUUAACUAAAUGCUACAUCUACCUAGCUAGCUAAUUUGCGAGGAGACAACUUCAACUAGU